CGUAUUCAAAGCAAACAUAUCUUCCUUCUAUCCCUUUAGUCCUUUAGUGAUUCUUCAAGAGACCUUUUGGCUUUUUACCAUUCCUUCACCAACCAUCAACAAAUGGCAGAAGCCAUUCUCUUCAACGUUGCUGCAAAAAUCAUUGAGAGCUUGGGAUCCAAGGCUCUCGAAGAGAUCGGACUAUUUUGGGGUGUCCCAGAUGAGCUGAAGAAGCUCAAGAACACCGUUUCGACGAUCCAAGCCGUGCUUCUCGAUGCUGAGGAGCAAUCGGCAGUGAACCGUGAAGUUAGAGAAUGGCUUGAAAAUCUUAAGGAUGUCUUUUAUGAUGCAGACGACUUGCUGGAUGGUUUCUCCACUGACUAUCUAUUGCGAGAGAUGAUGACUCGGGAUAAGAUGGCAAAAAAGGUACGAAUCUUCUUCUCCAAAUCAAACCAGCUUGUCUAUAAUCUGAAAAUGGGCCAUAAGAUUAAGACGAUUAGACAGAAGUUAGAUGCCAUUUCAAAUGAUAAGAAAUUCCACUUGGAGAAACGCCCUGAGGAGAUAGCAAUCGGAGCUAGGAAGAGGGAUGAUACUCAUUCCUUUGUACUUGAGGCAGAAGUUAUUGGUAGAGAGGAUGCCAAGAAGGAAAUCAUAGAUAUGCUUCUUUCUGAUUCCAAUGUUAAAGAGAAUGUAGGAAUCCUUCCGAUUACUGGCAUCGGAGGAUUAGGAAAGACCACACUAGCUCAAUUCAUAUUUAAUGAUGAGGAAGUAGAUAAACAUUUUCAUGAGCUAAAAAUGUGGGUGUGCGUCUCUGAUAAUUUUGAUGUUAGAAAACUUGUUGAAAAAAUCCUAGAAUCGGCAACAAAAAAGAAACCAGAGAGUUUUGAAAUGGACACACUGGUGCAUGCUCUUCGAAAAGAAAUUGGUGGAAAGAAAUACUUACUUGUUUUGGAUGAUGUUUGGAAUGAGGAGGUUAGAAAAUGGGAUGAAUUGAAAAAACUAUUGAUGAUUGGUGCAAUUGGAAGUAGAAUACUAGUAACUACACGUAGUGCAAAAGUUGCAAGAAUUACCCAAACAAUUGAACCAUACUCCUUACAGGGUUUAGACACCCAAAAGUCAUGGUGUUUAUUCAAGCAAGUGGCAUUUGAGAACGGACAAGAGCCAGUGAAUUCUAGAAAAAAAGUGGAAGUUGGAAAGAAGAUUGUAGAAAAGUGUUCAGGUGUCCCUCUUGCCAUCAAAACAAUUGGAAGGUUACUGUCCUUGGAAGAUUCUGAAGCUGGGUGGGAUUCUUUCGAAAAAAAUAAAAUGGCAGAAAUAAAAGAAAAUGACAUCUUACCAACUCUUAAGCUGAGUUAUGAUCAACUUCCAUCACAUUUGAAACAAUGUUUUGCUUAUUGUAGUAUAUUUCCCAAGGAUUAUGUGAUGAAAAAAUCAAAAUUGAUAAAUCUCUGGAUGGCACAGGGGUUUAUCAAGCGAUCCAAUCAAAAUGAAUGUCUUGAAGAUGUUGGUCAUGAGUAUUUCAUGGAUUUACUUUGGAGAUCGUUCUUUCAAGAAGCUAAAAUGGAUUAUUUGGGCAACGUCAUUACGAGUAAAAUGCACGACCUCAUGCAUGAUCUUGCAAUGUCAAUGGCAGGAUCGUUGAUCACCACAAUAGAUUCUGAGGAAACAAAUAUUAGUGAGAAAACUCGGCACGUAUCAUUGAUCGACAAUAUUAAUUUUUUCUCUAAAAUUCCAACUUCCUCGUCUAAAGCCAGUAGGAUACGAACACUUAUUUUGCAUGAUAAACUCAGGGAUUUGCGAGUGUCAUGUGAAGCAAUCUUUUCAAAUUUGAAGUUCUUGCGAGUGCUGGAUUUACAUGGAGGACAGCUUGAUUUAGUACCGAGUUCCAUAUGUAAGUUGAAGCAUUUAAGAGAUCUUGAUCUUUCACAGAAUUUGAAAAUCGAGAAGCUACCCGAUUCCAUAAGUAGAUUGCAAAAUUUGUAUAUACUAUGACUCUCUGGUUGCAAAAAUCUUAAAGAAUUUCCAAGAGGAAUUACGAAAUUAGUCAACCUCAGGCAUCUUUACAAUGAUCAAUGUCAUGGUUUGACUUACAUGCCACGUGGAUUGGGGCAAUUGACAAAUCUCCAGACAUUAUCUACUUUUAUCCACUCUGAUUCGGCGCCAGAGGAUAGCGGCCGGUUAAGCGAGUUAAACAGACUGAAUAGCUUAAGUGGAGAAUUAGUGAUUUCGAGUUUGAGACAUGAUUGGGAAGACGUCUUAUUAGACGAUAAGGGUGCAAAUCUAAAGGAGAAAGAACAUCUUCAGAUUUUGGAUUUAAUUUGGAGCGGAUUAAAUGAAGAAAAUAUGGCAUUGGAAGGCCUUGAACCUCACCCAAAUCUUAAAAAGCUGCGUAUAUCUUAUUAUGGGGGUGUGAGGGUUCCGAUGUGGCUUUUGUCACUCACAAAUCUUGUUGCUUCGAUUUUAUGGAGUUGUUGGGAAUUGAAAUAUUUGCCACCAUUGAGUCGACUACCCUCUCUUAAGAGUAUUUAUCUGCGAGAACUUGAAGAAAUAGACUACGUAUCAGAUUGUAGUGACAACAAUGAGUUAUCUUCUUUUUCUUCAUCAGCAUUCUUCCCAUCUCUUGGGGCAAUUGAUUUCAAAUACUGUCCUAAUCUGAAGGGUUGGUGGAGGAGGAGUGAUUCUUAUAAUGUGGAUGUCAAUACUACUGAUCAUGCUUUACUAUUUCCUCGUCUUUCAAAUUUACAAGUAUAUGAUUGCCCUAUGUUGACUUCAUUCCCAAUGUUUCCACAUCUGGAAGAAGGGUUAUACCUAAGGAAUGCCAGGUGGAAGCCAGUGCAACAAACAAUAACGAAUGCCUCCUCCUCCUCCGCUUCCUCUACACCCAUUGCCUUUUCAUCUCCUCCUCUCUCCAAAUUGAAG